AUGAAUCCUCGUAAGUUCCAUAUUAUUUCGCAGCGAAUCCAGCCGGAACCGAGCUUUUUCAGGCAAUCUUUGGACCCUACGACUUUUCGUUUUCCUGGCGCUCUCGACUACUGUCGCUUUAGCAAAAACUACGAAAGGUGAGCGGGGAGGGGACGGAGCACUAUAUAUUCUGCACGAUUUCCGCAGUUUCUUAUCGUUAGGCUGGUCGAACAAGAGCCUGUUUUUUCAACGGGCCGCCGCGUCCCUGCGUUGAGAAAACAGGCGCAGGCGCCUGAAAUCGUCUGUUCGACCAGCCUAGUAGGAGAGUUGAGCGGAAGAACUCAAAGGAAGAACACGGAAGAAUUUUUAUCUGUUUUAGAACAUUUUUUCAUGAAAUGUGAUGUUUUUUGUAUGAAAAGUUAAAUUUACAAAUAUUUUUCGAUGAGCAGAGUUCGCUUUGCUCUACAUUUCGUCAGUUGAUCACAUUUCAUGAAAAAAUUUUCUAAAAAAUAUAAAAAUUCUUCCGUGUUCUUCCGUUGAGUUCUUCCGCUCAACUCUGCAGCCUACCUAUCGUAUACCAGUGAAUUCGAAAGUUGCACACAUUUUGGCGAACAGAUAUCAUUGAGAAGUCCAAAAGUUGAGACGAAUCUCGAGUUUUGUGCUGAAAGAGUCAAAUCCAAGGCAUAGCACGGGUGUGAACCACUGAAAAAUUGCAGGAAAACUGGCUACGGUGAGCAAGGAUCUGAGCAUAAUUGCGAGAAUCGCGAACGGAAUCGCACUCGCGCAAGAAAUUGACAACGGAAACAUCACCGAGAAGAGUGUGCUCGAGGAACUCGUCUACAUCGGACACAACGUCACAUUGGAGACGCUUUCGACGGAUGACGUGGCCGGAUUGGAAACGGACUUGAAAGCGAUUUCGGCGGCGGUGAAAAGCGAAUGCGGAGGAGCUGGAGGAUGCUGGAACGAGCAGAAGAUGGCAGACGGAGUCGCGUUGGUCGAGACGAUUGCAAGACUGAGAACGGAAGAGCUCGCGGCGUUCAGUGAGUUCCAAGCGCAUUACAAGACACUAGCCGACGUGCCCGGAGCGAUUUCCACGUUGAUUAAUGCGAUGGAAAGCAUGUCAAGCGGAACAGUGACUAUCGGCUCGCUCACUGAAGCUGAAACCAGUUGCACCAAAAUAAGGAAUUCCAAAGAAGCCUUUGAAAAUAUCACAUAUUUUGUGCAGAAUCGUAAACAAGACCAACUAACUGCUGUGAUUUCUGACUUCAUCCAAUUUACCAAUCAGAGUAAGCAAACGGCAGUCAACUCUCUGAUUUCCGAACUUCCAACUAUUCGGGCGAAGUCAGAGAAACUCUCUCAACUCCCAAUCUCCAAAGCGCUGGAAAAAGUUCGCCUAAUGGCGUCGAUUAGUUUCCGAGGACUCCCAUCCAACGAAAGAGCGCUGACGCGAGGCUUCUUCGAUAGAUUCGACGAUCUGAACAGACUUUCCAAAGACCUUUCCACAAACGUAGUCAAGCAAAUCAUGGCCCAGGGAAAGAAUACGGAUGCGCUCAAGUCCCUUCUGAAGCCUGUGCUCGAGUUGAACAAGGUGCUGUCGCCACUUCAGAAUAGCUGGAAUUGGACGGAACAUUUCGAUAAGGCCGGUACGAGUAUAGAAACGGUUCGAGCCACGUUGGAAGCUGUUGCGGACCAGUUCGCCGGGUUUUCUCACCUGGAUUCUUUGAAAAAGUGUAUCGAGACAGUGAAACUCGGGACCACAUUUCCGGCUCAAAAGAUAGCUGAUCUCAAGGUCGGGACCCUCGAUCAGAAGCUAACGUCGUUUGCCGAGAAGUUGAAGUCGUCAAACGCGUUGCACGCGGAUCUGAAAGAAUUUUACGCUCUCUACGCAAUCGUAGCUCAAAUAGACGUCUCGAAGAAAUCUGAUGACUUUAAAUCCUAUAAAAACCUUGACAAAUUAAAAAGUGAGUUGACUUCGUUUAAUCAAGCUCUCGCGGACCUUAUGAAAACGGGACUGGACAAGUCUUUGCCGACCCUGCCAGUCGGGGAAAUUUCCAAAUGGUUGAAGGACAGUGGAGUUGGCGACGCGGGAAGUUGUCUCAGAAAAGAUCAGCUCGCUUUGCAAGCCAUCACAGUCUUUUCUCUUCCUCAAUCUCUUCUGAAGCUGAACGAAGGCGACUCUGACUUGACGACGGUCUCCACUUCUGCCGGUGAUUUGAAAGUGGCGCUCGGCGCUUACGCGGGUGUUCAGUCGAAAAUGGCAGCGAAGCCAAGAAAGACUAACGCCAUAGCCACGCAGCCCCAGUUCAAAGAUGCUCUCGAAACGUCGAGGUCGUUGGCGGACGGUAUCAAGAUUAUCCGGGAUUUGAACGAGGCGUACCAGACAAAAAACGAUAUGAAGGCGGUGAUGACUGCCGAGCAGACGAUCGACGCGAUCAUCCAAAACAUUACGGACGUGACUGCGAAAGGAAUGAUCGCGGAGGUGUGGAACGACAAAACGAAGAAGACGUUGAAGGAGCUGCCGGGAAAAUUGGACCAACUGGAGGGCUCGAUUGAAAUAACUCAGAAGAGUGUGACCGACUACCGAGUAGUCUUCACAAAAGUCGAGGGCUCGGUUGAUUUUAGCUCACUUUCAAUCUCUCACAAUCACGACCUCUUCAAUUACUUUUACAAACUCAUCCUUCCUUAUCCCGCCUUCAAAACCGACUAUGCAUUCCAAAAAUCGCUUAGGAGCACAAGUGGCAUCGAUUUGGAAUUUUUGCAAGCGGCCGAUUCGAUGAACGCGUGCUCCAAGUCGCUCAAACCGAUGCACGAGUUUCUGGACGAUCUUUUCGAACAAAACCGUUCGACGCCAAGUGAUGUGGAAACGUCGACAGUGAGUUGUUUGAGAGAACGUUUUGUUGAAAUGAUUGUGAUGAAAUUACAGAAGGACAACGAAUGUUCCUCGAAGUGGUGGUAUCUUCUUCUAUGCGGGUGAGUUGAAAAUGUGCAUUUUUAUAGACGCCGAUUAAAUUUUUUCAGAGUGGCUGGUUUUGUGCUUGGUUGUCUCGCCACUUUUGGCGGCAUGAGAUGGGCAUGGCCAUGGUACAAGAAACGAGCUGAGAAAGAGGCAGCUAAGAAAAAAGAAACUAAGAAAGAGCCGUCAAACGAGCCGUCAAAAGAGAGUGAGUUUGAAGCGGGCCAACGUCGUUCGAGUGAACCUCUUUUCAGCAUUGUCCGAUGAGCCUCUCAAAACGUGUGUGGUCAAAGACGAUCCUUUCGUGCCAGUGGAGGGCGAGUCUGAAAAAGAAAAAAAAGAACGCGAGGCAGCGGCGACCGAGUUCAUUCGUCUCCAUAAAGAAAUCGAACAGUUGAAGACCAGGAGAGCGAUUCUGUUGCAUGAGACGAAAACGAAGGAGGGGAAAGAGAAAAAGAUCGCGGUCGCUGAGCUCGAAAACCUCGACAAAGAAGUAAACGAUAACACUAAAAAGAUGGACGAAGGAUUCUAUAAACGUUACAAUGAUAUGCGACAUAUGAGACCAGUUUGCGGCAAAAAAACGCUAGUUGAUCCCGACCCGAAAGGAAUGCUCGUUGACACUGAAGGCCAAUCGCAAGAACAAAUUGCGAAAGCCGAAGCAACUGCAAGAGCGAAAAUUGCUCACGAUGCUGUGCGUAUCGAAAACUGUUUUGGUUAGCACUUCUCACCUUUUUCAGAAAAUCGAUAAAGAUAUCAUGACGGUUCGGCCGGAUGUGCAGAAACAGCCAUUCGAGAGGCCUCGCAACGGCACAGAAGAAGAAGUAAGACUUAACGAACUGUGACAAAUUAAAUUUCAAUAUCUAUGUUCAGUGGCAAUACUGUAUCGCUUUGUCUGCGCAGGUUGCUGCCGAUAAAAACGGUCAAGUCGAAGAGUCCUAUCAGCAUGAAAUGCUCGGAAUAACGCAUUAUUUUCUCGUCGGGGAGGGUAAUGAGAUAAUUACGGUGAGUGGGAGGAAGGAUGGAACGAAACAAAAAGAUGCAAUGAUUACAGGAGAAUCCGCCGUUUGGCGAUGCGGCUUUGAAUUUACCGGAUGCCUCGUGCAAAACCGCCAACAAUAUUUCGUCCACUUCCGACGUACUCGUCACUGCAGCCGCCUCCACUCAUGAUUUGCGUACCGCUCCGGUAUGAAACAAGUAUUCGUACACUGUUGACCCUUGCUUUUCAGUCUCAAACUAAACAAUCCACCCAGGAAGAGAAGACGAAGACUGAGGUUGAUGCAGCUCAGAGUCAGGUAUCCGAUUUUCGUGUAGAUAGAUCCGUGUUUCUUAUCGGGCACAUUUUUGAAAGCGGAGAUAACCAAAAAUUGCAGGAGCCGGCAAAAACAUCGACGGGAGAGAGCAAAGAGCCCGCGGAACAAGCUAAAGCGGAGACCGAUCGUGUGGACGGUGGUUCGGAGACCGUCGAAGUGGUGGAAAGUCAGAUUACGAAGGACGGAAAAACCUCCACUCAUGAUUUGCGUACCGCUCCGGUAUGAAACAAGUAUUCGUACACUGUUGACCCUUGCUUUUCAGUCUCAAACCAAACAAUCCACCCAGGAAGAGAAGACGAAGACUGAGGUUGAUGCAGCUCAGAGUCAGGUAUCCGAUUCUCGUGUAGAUAGAUCCGUGUUUCUAAUCGGACACAUUUUUGAAAGCGGAGAUAACCAAAAAUUGCAGGAGCCGGCAGAAACAUCGACGGGAGAGAGCAAAGAGCCCGCGGAACAAGCUGAAGCGGAGACCGAUCGUGUGGACGGUGGUUCGGAGAACGUCGAAGUGGUGGAAAGUCAGAUUACGAAGGACGGAAAAAUUUCGCUUGCCCGUGCACUUCAAUUCAUAAUGAGUGACGCAUACGCGAAACCUCAAUCCAUCGAAAAUCGGGUGAAGGCGAUCCCAGCAGCCGCAUUCAUCAUGUUGAUCGAAGCGACGAUCAAAUUACUAGAAAAGCGAGGGAAAGAUGUCGUCAAUGUCUCCUCCUACAAUGGCGUUUGGGUAGUUGCUGACACUCACGGAAACUUUGACGAUCUCCAACGUUACGCUAUUUUGUGCGAAGGCUUUGUGUAUAAAAAGAUGUGAGUGUAGUCGGGAGGGGCUGACUGACAAGCGCCUCAUCACUUGCUUCUUCUUCCAGGGUUGUACUCGGUGACGUCGUUGAUCGUGGAGAGAGAAGUGUCGACAGCGUCGUGUUGAUGUGCGUUCACAUGUGCGCCUUCCCCGAUGGUAUGUUUUACAUCAAAGGAAAUCACGAAGAGGCGCGAAUCAACAGGACAAACGGGUUCUACGUGAGUGCUAGUCAGCAACCAUGCUAUCCACGUGCAAAAGUGAUUGUAGGGGGAACUGAAGAAACUAUUUGGCAAGGAAAAGGCCCAGCUAUGCCAUCAAUUGUUCAACAAGAUGACAGGCCUUAUUCCGCUGGCUGCAACAAUCGACAAACAGAUUUUGUGCGUUCACGGAGGAAUUUCCUCGUGGCUUCUCGAGCCGGGCGGCCUUCAGAAAGUGAGACGGUUCAUCAAUGAGUGCUGUGUUUCAAAAAUGCUCGUUUUAGUACGUCAAACGUUUUCCUCGAACUGUCGUGGAAGGAAAGACGCUGGUGGAUAUUACUUGGGCUGACUUCCGCGAUAUAGUCAAAUUUUCCGUGAAAAAUAGCGAGUUGUGAGUUGACCUAACUGCAAUCCGACAAAACAGCACGUUUUUCAGCCUUCCUGUGGUCUCAUGCUCGUUUGCCCGUCGAAAUGUCAUUUGUCAGAUGUUCAACGCGGAAUUGGUACGCAUAGCUCUCGGUGCUAACGGUCUGGCUAUGGUGCUUCACGGGCACGUAGAACAGGACGGUCUGGUGUCGACUGUUGGCGGACUCUGUGCCAAUCUGUUCUCGGCGACCAACUAUCAUGGCGGCGUGAGUUGAGGGUCGGAUGGAAACGAUGCAAAGUGGAUGUUGUAUUUCAGAUUAACAAAGCGUCUGCUGCAUACAUUGAGAAAGGUCGAACCAGCUUUGCCUAUUUCGAAAAGCCUGUCAACGACGGAAACGGCAGUGUCAAGAGGGACGAAUUAACGGUCGACGAUGAGACGCUCGCCGCUGAUAAAAAAGUGAAGGAGGCGAAGGAGACCGACAAAUCUUCGAGUUCGGCAGCCUCGAAAGGCACGAUUUCAUCGAAGAAACCUACCGUUUCAAGGACGCCGAAGUUUCGAAAUACGGCGUCCGCCACAGCCCCGUUGCUCCGCGACACAUCCAAAAGCUCUGGAAAUUCGUCGACGGCGGCCCCGAAGAAAUCGAAGAAGCGGCGCACUCCGGGGACGUCCAGAAAACCGAGCACGGCAUCGAUCGACGACUCGCGAAAAGGACUCAUGAGCAAACACUCGAAGGACUCGAAAAGCAAGCCCGGCAAGAAGUCGGGAACGCGAAAGUAG